AUGCUUGCCUCUGGAACUUUUGUAGUUCUUGCUGACUUUCGUCGGCACGAGACGAGCGCGGGGCGGUGUGCGCGUGUGGCGCUCACAUCCGAUCUCAUCAACAACACGCUGCUCUUAUUGACAUACUGCAACCACCGACAGGCGUCCGCGUCGGAGCGGCGCGUGCUGGUGGCGGCCGGCGGCUGCGGCGGCGACGGCGGCGCGGGCGCGCGGCGAGGGCGGGCCACGGCGCUGCUGCUGUGGGCGCUGCCCGGCCGCGCUGCCGCUGCCGCCGCUGCGCGUGGCCGACCGCCUGGCGCAGCGCGUGCGGGAGCGUGCCGAGCGGCGCCGCGCGCCGGCCGCCGAGCCGCCCGCGCCGCCCGACGAGGCCGCCGUGCGCGCGCUGUGCACGCCGCCCGCCGCCGUGUGCCGCCGCUCGACCACCAGAUCUUCGGGCUCGUGUUGCAUCCCAGCCGCCGGUGCGUGUGGGCGGCCACGGCGGGCGGCGCGCGCUGCGUGUCGCUGCCGGCGCUGCGCCGCUGCUGCGCCUGCCGCUGGCCGGCCCGCCCGCGCCCGCGCCCGCGCCGCACUACGUGGCGCCCGCCGUCGAUGACUGCUACUUCGUCACGUAAGACCAGCCGCAGACGCGAAACUUCACCACCGACCCGUUUACUGUCGGUUUCGACAAUCUAAAUGUACUACUAUACUACAUAUACUAGCGGAAAUAGUUUUACCAAUAGAAAGCUACGUUACUUGCGAAUGUCAAAGGCUAUAUUUGAUCCCCAUAUUCACACGGGAACGGAAACUACGUAAUUAAAAAACGCGGGGCGUCAUGUAGCGAAAUUUCUGCGUCUUUUAAGAAAUUUUGUAUUAUCUC